UGCGAUUAACAAUACUUGCGCAUUUCUUCUUCGGUUUUCUAACGUUUCGCGGAAAUCUGUUAGAUUCGUUCCAUGGCAGUCGUCGAAGUGCGUACCCUGUAGAUUUUCUUUGUACAAUCUCGAUCCUAUUUAUCCAGACUUCUGCGUAGGAACAUGGCACUACAUCUCCAUAUUCUAAUGUAGGAAGGACUAAUGUACAAUCAAAAGAAUUUAUGCACAUUGAGUCAUUGAACUCUCUUCCUAACGGUUACUAAAACCGUUAGGAAAUUGAAUUCAAAUCAUGCGUGUCGUGUACCUACGAUACGUACACCUUGGAUUGCCAACGAAACGUCAAAACGUCCGCUAGUGUCAACAGCAGCAAAACAACAACAAUCGAUGAUAACACAAUGGACACGCACUAAUUGUGCACCAUUUCUUUCUUCUUCGGAAAUAAACAUUACAAUUGUGUAAGAAAAAAAGUGAAAUGAUAUCAGGUUAAAAAAUACGAACCAAAGCAAAUGUUGGCCGCCAGAUUGUCACGGUUGCCGAACGGUGUGCAGUUUGCAAACGAUCGAUCCAGACCUGCUGGUAGGGUAAGCAGGAACCCUACUGGUGUGUGCGGUAAGAAAGUGAGAAAAAGACUAUAGGAAAGGUAUUACGCUGACUCAGCAAUCGAUAGAAAGCAAGAAGGGGUGGCUAGGGCAUCAUUCAACCUUCACUCAACCAGCACUCAACAACACUUCGUAGCUGCGUCGUAGCGAGUUGAUUGAACCAGUCGGUGGCAAAGCACAGCAUCGCAAUGGGCAAUCAGCUGGUGGCACUAGCACCAUCACAAAUAUUCCCCGUAGAACAUUAUCUUACGGGGACAUUUGAGUUUGAGCUACAGUUUGAGAAGAGCAUGGGCAGUACACGAUUCAUGAAGGUGGCCAAGGUGAAGGUUGAUGAAGGUCCAGCGGUUGUGAAGGUAUUUGUGCGGCACGAUCCAUCGUUACCACUGGAGCAGCAUCUCGAACGUAUCGAGUACAUCAAGAAGCAUCUCGCAAACGCGGUCAACUGUUUACCAUUCCAGAAAGUGCUGACGAUGGAAAAAUCGUGCCUGAUCGUGCGGCAGUAUGUAAAGCACAGUCUGUACGAUCGCGUAUCAACCCGCCCGUUCCUAAAGCUGAUCGAAAAGAAGUGGAUUACGUUUCAAAUCCUGUGUGCGUUACACCAAUGUCACAAGCAGAAAAUUUGCCACGGUGACAUUAAGCUGGAAAACAUACUGAUCACCUCGUGGAACUGGGUGCUGCUGUCGGACUUUGCCUCAUUCAAACCGACCUACCUGCCGGAAGACAAUCCGGCCGAUUACAGUUACUUCUUCGAUACGAGCCGCCGGCGUACCUGUUACAUCGCACCGGAACGCUUCGUACGCUCCUCGAGUGGCGAAUCGAUACAGCCCAAGGAUGGACCGCUGGUCGGCGAUGGUCAGUACUAUGCUGGGCAGCUGCUGCCCGAAAUGGACAUCUUUUCUGCUGGUUGUGCACUGCUAGAGCUGUGGACCGAAGGUACGGCACCGUUCGAAUUUUCCCAGCUACUCGCCUACCGCCGGGGUGAAGUAGAUCUGGUGCAAAAGCACCUGGACGGGAUCGAGAACGAACGGUUACGUGAGCUGGUCGAAUCGAUGCUUAGCUUAGACGCGCGCGAACGCAAAUCCGCCGAACUGUACCUGGACCAGGAGCGUGGUAAGCUUUUCCCAGAGUAUUUCUAUUCCUUUCUGCAAUCGUAUCUGCAGAUGUUUUCCACCGUGCCUGUAGUACCGGCCGAUGAGAAAGUUUCCCGCCUGCACAGUGACAUUGGGCAGAUCAUUAAAAUACUCACCGGAAACGAUCGCGAGCAUACCGUCGAACCAGCGUUGGAUGCAUCGACAAGAGAUGACCAUUGGCACGAUGGUAGUGGACGAUCGAGAGCAACCGGCACGCAUGAAGCGUCCGAUGACGAUGGGCUAAUACUGAUCACGAGCGUUGUAACGUCCUGCAUCCGUGGGUUAAGCUUUUGCCGGUCCAAGCUACUGUCGCUCGAAAUACUGCAAGCGCUGGCCGAAAACACCACCUCGGAAACGAUCCUUGAUCGCAUUCUUCCCUAUAUCCUGCACCUCGCACAGGAUGCUGCACCACGCGUGCGCGUCUGUUCGCUCAACACGCUCACCCGCUGUCUGCGUAUGGUGCGCAAGCUGCCCCGUAGCGAUGCUAAUGUAUUCCCCGAGUACAUUCUACCCUCGAUCGCACCGCUCGCAACCGACGGUUCCACCUUCGUGCGCAUGACGUACGCACGGAACAUUGCAGCACUGGCUGAUACCGCCGUUAGCUUUCUCGAGCAGUCGCAGCAAAGCUGCACCUCGGAAAAUAUGCCACCGCCGCAUUACGAGACGGAGCUCAGUGCACUGCACGAGAUGUUACAUCAAACGGUACUGUCGCUACUGACCGAUCCACAGUCGGCGGUCAAGCAAACGCUAAUGACAUCGGGUAUAACACAGCUGUGCGUAUUUUUCGGCCGACAGAAGGCGAACGACGUCAUCCUGUCGCACAUGAUCACGUUCCUGAACGAUAAGGAGGAUCGCAAUCUGCGCGGUGCAUUUUUCGACUGCAUUGUCGGUGUCGCAUCGUACGUUGGGUGGCAUUGUGCACCGAUGCUGCUGCCACUACUCCAGCAGGGCCUUACCGAUCCGGAAGAGUUCGUCAUUGCGAAAGCGAUCCACGCCACCACGAUGCUGAUCGAGCUGGGAUUGAUCCAGAAGCAGGGCACGAUAGAGUUUAUCGACGAGUGUGCGUGCUAUCUCGCUCAUCCGAACCUAUGGAUCCGGCACGAGGUGGUCGAGCUGAUUGCGACGGCCGCCCGCAUCCUUACCGCCAUCGACGUACAGUGUAAGGUGCGGCCCUCGAUAGCGGUACAUCUGCGCUUUCCGCUGAUAGAAAUCACCUGUCCGGAGUUGCUGCUGGAUUGCUUGCUGCCACCGAUACCGCGCAAUAUCUACGACGCGGUAUUACGGUACGGGCCGGAAAUUGCACCACUGAUCGAUGUGCUGUGUCAGCGAAAACUGGCACGCAAUCGUACGCGUACGGCCGACUCGGAACCGUCCCAAACGGCACAAUCACCGGACGGUGGGGAACAGAUGCCACCGGCCUUUCAGCAGCUACUGCGACGUCUCACAACGGAAGGUUUGACGGUACAGAUCGAGGAGCAGCUGCUAGCGAUGCGUGUGCAUCUGAUAAAGCUGCAUCACUACAAGCUGGCGGAGACGCGACACACACACCAACCGUCCGGUCGGAUCGUACUCGACCACUAUCCGGACGUGAUGGGUGAGGUACAGCUUGCGACCGAAUCGAUCAAUGCGCUUGCGAAGGGACCAACGGUAAGGCUCGGUACUGGCGGCUCGAAUAUCGAUGGGCUAACGCCCGGUCUGCUCGGUGGCGAUCUGACGAAACCGGGCGGACGGGCAGCGCGUAAAAGCGAAUCAGACAGUGCGCAAGACUGGCAGCAUAUGCUGAGUGCGAUCGAUUCCCACUCACCGUCACCGACGUCACCGACCGGAAGCGAGCUAACGGUGGCGGGGGCGGUAAUCCCAGCCCCAACGGUAGCCGCCACCGGUGCCUCCGUACCGAUGGCAGCAGCUGCGUCCGUCCUACCACCAACCGUGCACCAUUCUACGCCCACCUCGAGCCUGGUGGAGUAUAGCCUGCCUGAGCGUACGACCGGCUACCAGGAACGUAUGUCCGACUGUCGGCUCGAGAUGGAAGCACUGGUGACGAAGUUACGCACCCGGUUUGCCACGUACCAGCGGCAACGGGAACUGCGCGAAUCGAACCAAACCAUGCCACCGUUACCGGCCGGUUGGCGCCUAUCCGGUACGCUCGUCGCACAUCUCGCCGAACACAAGGCAGCCGUUAGCCGGAUGGCAGCAUUGAAACCCCACACCGGCUCAUUGUUUGCGAGUGCCUCGAUCGAUGGUACGGUACGGCUGUGGGAUUGCAACAAGCUCGACGGCCAACAGUCGGUAAACCGGUCGCGUCAGUCAUAUCACGCCAAUACACCGCUGCACGCGGUUGCCGCCUGUGAUGCUGGCCAAUCGCUAGCGGUGGCAGGCAAGGACGGUACACUGUUGCUGCUCAAGAUAGACACAAACUCGAGCAAGAUGGCACUGCAGCAGGCACGCCAUUUCGAGGCAGAUACGCGCUACUCCACCACAACCACUGCAUCGACCGGUGAGAUUGGACCGGACGAUGGACCGGUGGUGGAGAUGCAUCCACUCGACCAGGGCGCUCAGAGUGUGAUCGUGUACGCGACACUGUACGGUGCACUGGUCGGUUGGGAUAUACGCAUGCCGGACUACGCCUGGCGACUGCAGAGCGAUCUACGCAGCGGCGUCAUCACCACGUUCUGUAUCGAUCCGUCCAGUUCGUGGCUAACGGUCGGCACCAGCAGUGGGCGACACGUUUGCUGGGAUCUACGCUUUCAGCUACCGAUCGCAGAGAUUAAGCAUCCGCACGAUGCCCGCAUUCGGCGCGUUUCCCAUCAUCCGACGGAAUCGUCCUGGUUGGUGUCGGCCUCGCAGGGUAACAGUGAGGUGUACGUGUGGAACAUUGAAACCGGUCACCGGCAGCAAGCGUACUGGGCCAGUUCGAGUCCACCGCUCUCGAACAGUAAUGCUUCGUCACAUUCGGUCUGUGCGCUGCUGCCCGGUAUUAACGAUGGCAACCCGUUCCUGCUGACCGGCGGUACCGAUCAACGGUUGCGCUACUGGGAUCCGGUCAGCAUCGAAAACUGUGCACUCGUCGUACCAUCGGCACGCGAUUAUACACCACUUAACGUCACGUACGAAUCCAGACUAAUCGAUGGCACGAAAGUAAUCUCGGAGAUACACUGUAAUAAUAACAACAGUAACGUACCGCUAAACAACAACAAUACCAAUAGCAACAGCAACAAUAACAAUAAUAGUAACAAUAAUGGAGGCAGCAGCGCCGGCGGUAGCAAUGCGAACGCGCAACCCGGUAGUGGCAACAUUGGCAGUGCUGCAGGUACCGGUACCGGUGAGCGAGGCACGCGUACGGAUGACGAUCACCGCGUAGGGCCGGAAAUGCCUGCCCACGGUCACAAUGAUGUUAUCAGCGAUCUGUUGAUGUGUCGCACGAUGAAGCAAACGUUCGUCGCAUCCAGCAGCCGGGAUGGUGUAAUUAAACUCUGGAAGUAAGUUCACUGCUCGCGUAUCCGAAGAACAGCCGCAUAACAGGGGAGUAUUAGAUUUAUUUUUUAGUACUUUUUUUUCGUUGUAUUUUGAAUCUUUUACGCCCAUCCAAAAGCUUUUAUCGUGCUGCUUUAGGGUGACAAAAAUAUUAACCUUGAAGAGUUAAGGUGGGAGAUAUACAAUCAGCUUAUUCGAAGAAGUUCAUUUAGCUACAUUUUAUGGAUUUCCCAGGUCUCGGGAAUAUCUGAUAAAGACUGGAAAUCUAUAUUCCGACAAAUUAUCCAAAUUGUUACCGAAAGAGUAAACUCACUCCCGAGACGAAUAUACUUAGCAUAAUCGUAUAGAUUAUGCAGCAAGAACAAUAGUUUACUUUUAAUUGAAUCGUGUUUUAGAAACAUGUAUUUGAUAAACGGCGCCUGUUUGACACGACAGGACCGGGUAUCAAAUCUCAUGUGGACCGUUUCCCCGUAGCAAGGACUGACUAUCCGGAACGUGAUAAAAACCAUUCUAGUAACAGGCCGGCAUGACCUUAGAGGUUGUUAAACCAAAUUUUCCUUUAACAAAAAAACGAAAAUAACCAAUUUUUUCAAGCUUCUGAAUGUAUAUCUCCCCUUAAUCGGGAAUUAUAACAUAAAGGUGAUCUUAUCUAGGGUGCACUACAAACAAAUAUUGAGUUCAUCUAACGUAAACCAUUUCAUUCAAUACCUUUUAUUUGGUUUAUUCAUGAGUAAUGAGAUAGUUUUGCUUUAUGAUUAUAAAACAGCUUUAUGAUUAGAAAACAGCUGUUUGCUAUUCUGCUAUCGUGUUAUAGGCUAAGUCUAUUAAAAAUUAACUCAUAUUUGAUCUUAUUGCGAUGAAUUACGCAA